AUGAGGCCCUUCCCUUCAACGCCAGCAUCUUCAUCACCGCCUUAUACCCCAAACAAUGGCACACUAAUACCAACUGUGGCUCACUCUGAGUCUGGGACAGAUGUUGAGCUUCAGCCAUAUACAGGAGGCGACAGGGAUGCAGAGGUGCAUCCACAAGUGCCUGAGGGACCCGAACGACCACGCCAUAUCUUCUCAAAGCACAGAAAGUGGAUGACUGUGUACAUGGUGUCUGUAGGUGGAGCGUUUUCCGCCUUGUCAUCCAACAUUUACUUCCCGGCAAUCGAUACAAUAUCCAAAGACCUUGGUGUCAGCGCCACAGACGUUGGUUUCACUAUCACAGUGUAUAUGAUUGUUCAAGGAAUUGCUCCCUCACUGUAUGGCUCUAUCUCAGACCUGCGUGGUCGCCGAAUUACAUUCGUUAUCGCCCUAGUAGUCUACCUCGCCGCAAAUGUAUCGCUAGCUUUCACAUCCAACCUGGCCAUGCUUGUAGUCUUACGAGGAUUGCAGGCCGCGGGAUCGGCUGCGACAAUUAGCAUCAGCACUGGUGUGAUUGCCGAUAUAGCAGAACCCGAUGAGAGAGCAGGUUUCAUGGGAACCAAUGCCGGAAUAAGAAUGAUAGGCCAGGCUAUAGGUCCUGUUAUUGGUGGACUGUUGAAUAGUGCAUGGGGAUUCAGAAGUAUAUUCUGGUUCCUGUUUGUCUUUAGCGCUUUGGUCCUCCUGGGGUUAUUGGUAUUUCUGCCAGAGACACAGCGGAGAAUAGCUGGUAACGGCGACGUUCCUCUCGGAGGCCGGUACAAACCCUGGUCCUACUACUUCAAACCACCGAAGGAAUGGCGUAAUGCACCUAUACCGCCAGCACCAGAGCUAGAGAAGCUUUCUUGGAGGACAAUCAUUGAGCCGUUGAGUUAUUUCCUGAGGAUGGAUAUACUAGUUCUUCUUUCCUGGGGUGCUCUUGUAUAUACCAUCUGGAGUAUGGUCACAUCCUCAACCACUACAGUGCUACUCAAGACUUUCCCCGAUCUUACUCCAUGGCAGGUGGGCCUCUGCUUUCUUCCAAAUGGAAUCGGAUGUGUAUUUGGGUCGGUAUCCACUGGUUGUUUGAUGGAUCGAGCUUUCAAACGCGCCGAGACUCGAUAUAAAGAGGAGCAUGGACUCGCCGACGUUAAUGUCAAGUCCCUACACGACUUCCCCUUCGAACGUGCCCGAAUGUCGCUGAUGCCUUAUUUCAGCGUUAUUUUCAUUGUUUCAAUGGCACUAUACGGGCCCAGCUAUGAGUUCAACGAUCUCAGGAGACACUUUGCUGGAAAUCUGGUUGCAUCCCUGGGUCUGCAAUUUAUUAUUGCAUCUACUGCAACGGCCAUAUUCAACAUCAACUCGACGAUAUUAGUAGACUGCUUCCCGGAUAACUCAGCGGGUGCGACAGCAACGAAUAAUAUAUGCCGCUGCCUCCUCGGCGCUGUGGGCGUCAGCGUGAUACAGCCUAUGAUCGCUAAACUCAAGAUUCGCAACGCAUGCCUCGUGCUUACGGGCAUCGCUGUUUUAUUCUCACCUCUGGUCUGGGUUCAGUGGCGUAUGGCAGGGAAAUGGAGAAGAAAUAGACUUAGUGCUUAA